AUGAGAAUCCAAUCGAAGAAGAGUAGCAGUGCAGCAUCCAAAUUGCUGGCCAUGGCCAAGAAGGGAAGCUCCAAAACAACCAUUUUCUUCAUCUUCGUCUCUUUCAUACUUUUCUGUGCAUUUCUCCCUGUUUUCGCUCCUCUUCCUUCUCUCCACUCUCACUCUACUCGCCAUUCUCAUCGCAAUUCAGUUAACAGAAAGUUUGAGAUUGAGAGUGACAGGUUCUGGAGAGAUGGUGAACCGUUUCAGAUCAUCGGUGGUGAUGUGCAUUAUUUUCGAGUGCAUCCAGAGUACUGGGAAGAUAGACUGUUAAAAGCCAAGGCAUUGGGCUUGAACACAAUUCAGACAUAUGUUCCUUGGAAUCUGCAUGAGCCAGCUCCAGGAAAGUUUGUUUUUGAGGGUUUCGCAAACAUUGAAGCAUUCCUCAACCUUUGCCACAAACUUGGUCUCCUUGUGAUGAUUCGACCCGGACCAUACAUAUGUGGAGAGUGGGAUUGGGGCGGUUUCCCAGGUUGGUUCUAUUCCAUGAACCCAACCCCCAAGCUAAGAUCAUCUGAUCCUACUUAUCUUCAACUGGUCGAAAGGUGGUGGGGUAAUCUGCUUCCAAAGUUUGUUCCUCUCCUAUAUGACAAUGGAGGCCCUAUAAUAAUGGUUCAGAUUGAAAAUGAGUUUGGUUCUUAUGGAGAUGACCAAGCAUAUCUCCAUCACCUGGUCACCCUGGCUAGAGGUCAUCUUGGGCAUGAUGUUAUUUUCAUGAUAUCUAGACGCUACAUAAUUAACAACCUAAAUUUCAAUGCGAAUAAAGAUGCAAAGAAGAUGGUGAUAAGAAAUGGACAAAUUGGACAAAGGAGGGAGAAUAUAGUGAAAGAGGAGGAUGUAGUGGGAGAACCUAAGUCAGGAAAAGAAGUCAAUACACUACAGAUGGAGGCACGAGGGAAAGCCUUGAGAAAGGAUCUAUUCGUGGGGAUGCUGUCUUUUCAGAAAGAGUUCAAUGCCCCAGGAAAAUCACCACCUUUGUCAGCCGAGUUUUACACUGGGUGGCUAACACACUGGGGAGAGAAAAUUGCCAUGACUGAUGCUGAUUUUACAGCAGCUGCUCUUGAAAAAAUUUUGCAAAAAAAUGGUUCUGCAGUCCUCUAUAUGGCACAUGGUGGGACUAACUUUGGAUUUUAUAGUGGAGCCAAUACUGGUGUAGAUGAGGCUGACUACAAACCUGAUCUCACUUCUUACGAUUACGAUGCACCAAUUAGGGAAUCUGGUGAUGUUGACAACUCAAAAUUCAAUGCUAUUCGAAGGGUUAUAGCCAGAUAUAGCUCGGUACCUCUUCCACCUGUUCCCUCUAAUAAUGAAAAGGCAAGAUACGGAGCAAUUCACAUGCAAAGAAAGGCUUUCUUAUUUGACAUGUUUGAUUUCACCAAUGCGACUAAUGUGUUUGAAUCUGAAACUCCAAUGUCAAUGGAGUACGUGGGCCAGUCGUUUGGUUUUGUAUUGUACUUCACUGAAUACAAAGCGAAGAGAGGUGGAAGAAUUUUGUCCAUACCAAAGUUACAUGACAGAGCUCAAGUAUUUAUUUCAUGCCCUGCUGGAAAAAAUGGUGCAAGGCCAACUUAUGUUGGAACUAUUGAAAGGUGGUUUAAUAACAAACUAAGUCUUCCUGAUGUUAAAUGUCAUUCUAACAUCACGUUAUUUAUUCUGGUUGAAAACAUGGGCCGUAUAAAUUAUGGUGCUUUCAUCUUUGAUAGGAAGGGCAUUCUAUCUUCAGUUUAUCUGGACGGGGAAAAUGUAAAAGGGUGGAAAAUGUUUCCUGUUCCUUUGCACAACCUGAACGAAAUGUCAACGUACAAUCCCAUCACGCAGACUUCAUAUUCUGCACUCAGUGAAAUAACAUCAUCCAGAAAAAAGUUGAUUUAUGAGCAUGAGAAUACUUCAGAAGAACCUGCAAUUUAUUGUGGUCACUUCUCAAUUGAUAAAUCAAGUCAGGUCAUGGAUACAUUCAUAUCAUUCAGCAAUUGGGGGAAAGGCAUUGUGUUUGUUAAUGACUUCAAUAUAGGAAGAUAUUGGCCGUUGAGAGGACCACAGUGCAAUCUCUACGUUCCUGCUCCACUCCUAAAGGAAGGAGAUAACAUUUUGGUAAUACUUGAAUUGGAAUCUCCCGAUCCUGAUCUUGUGGUACACACAAUGGAUGAGCCAGACUUCACAUGUGGCUCCACUGGGAUGAGCCUUCAUCAGCUGUAA